UGUGCACUUCUCCCGAAAUGCAGUUUCUGUAAACCCGGGGCUGUGAACAGUAUUGAUCACUGGCUCUCAAUGAGAGGAUUAACAGGAAUUCACACAAGGGCUUGGACGCUUACUGGUGCACAAUUGGAACUUGGUACUGCUGCAUAAUGGGUUCCAAAACGACAACCAUGCAUUGUGUCUUAAGAUGCCUGUGCUUCAUGCUUCUCCAUUUGUUUAGUGCAGCUCAAGAUGAAGACAUAAGAAGUUGUAGGACGGCACCAUGUGAUUUGGUCUUUAUUCUAGACGGCUCGUGGAGUGUUGAAGAUGUCAAUUUUGAAAUAGUAAAGCGAUGGCUUGUCAACAUAACGACAACCUUCAACAUUGGACAGAAGUUUACCCAGGUUGGAGUCGUCCAGUACAGUGAUAACCCCGUUUUAGAGAUACCUCUGGGGAAGCACUAUGCUACUAAAGACCUCAUCAAAGCGAUGGAGUCCAUUGAGUACAUGGGGGGAAACACAAACACCGGGCAAGCCAUUCAGUUUGCUACGGACAAACUGUUUGGCCUGUCUGAGCGUAGUCAUUUCGGCAUUUCUAGAAUUGCCGUUGUCCUCACAGAUGGGAAGUCCCAAGAUGCGGUUUUGAAAGCGGCAGAGGCAGCAAGGAAAAAAGGAGUGAUUCUUUUUGCAAUCGGUGUUGGACCAGAAACAGAAGCUACAGAGUUAAAUGACAUUGCGAACAAGCCAUUUUCAACUUACGUCUUCUCUGUCGAGGACUACAAAGGUAUUUCCAGGAUCAUACAGGUCAUACGACAAAAACUGUGUGAAGAGACUGUUUGUCCAGCAAGAAUUCCCGUAGACUCCCGUGAUGAGAAGGGAUUUGAUAUUCUGUUACAUUUAAAUCUGGCUAAAAAAACAAAGAAGACACAAGGGGCAUAUUACGGCACUAGAGCCUAUGAAGUAACGUCUCGCGUCGACUUGAGUACAGCUACACGGAACCUUUUUCCCGAUGGCCUGCCUCCAUCAUACGUUUUUGUGGCCACACUGAGGUACAAAGGAUCAGUGGCAGUAGAGGAGUGGGACUUGUGGAGAAUACAGACACGUGAUGGGAAACCUCAAAUGGCGGUGACUCUGAAUGGACUGGAUAACACCGUCAGGUUCACCACAACCAGUGAGGCAGCAAGUGGAAUUCAAACAGUUUCAUUUUCACAACAGACAGCAAGGAAACUGUUUGAUGAGCAAUGGCACCAGCUGCGGCUGCUGGUCACUGAGGAGGAUGUCACUCUUUACGUUGAUGACCUGGAAAUUGAAACCCAACCCUUGGAGACCCCUGUUGGUAUUUUCAUCAAUGGAAAAACCCAAGUUGGAAAAUAUGUCCAAAAGGAAACAACAGUGCCAUUUGAAAUCCAGAAACUACGCAUUUACUGUGACCCAGAGCAGAAUAACCGAGAGACUGCGUGUGAAAUACCUGGAGUUUGCUCCAACAGUCCAGAUUACACUGAACCAACUCAAGAACCUUGUGUUUGCCCUCCUGGCGCCCCUGGACUUCCAGGAAUAAAGGGAGAACAAGGAAACCCUGGCAAACCUGGUCAGCCUGGACCUGCUGGUGCUGAUGGUAAGCCUGGUACCACUGGCAUUAGAGGGAGUGCUGGACUGCCAGGUCCGCCAGGGGUAGAGGGUCAACGUGGGCAAAAUGGGUACAAAGGCGAGCAAGGGAGGCCCGGUGUUUCGGGUGAGAGGGGUGUGCCUGGAUUACCGGGAUCGCCUGGAAAACCAGGAGAGAAGGGCUCAGUUGGAUCCAUGGGAAUUGCAGGAUUACCGGGAAAACCUGGUCAAGUGGGAGAAAAAGGAAGUGUGGGACCUUCUGGGCCACCAGGAUAUCCAGGAGAACCUGGUCUACCUGGGAGAGAUGGAAAGGUUGGAUUUCCUGGGAGACCCGGUCAAAAGGGAGAAGCAGGGGUCGGCGGUAUUCCUGGUGCUGAUGGAAGGGAAGGCCAUCCGGGUAUGCCUGGAUUGCCAGGAAUUGCAGGCCUGAAUGGACAAAAGGGUGAAGCUGGAGGGCCUGGACCUCGGGGCUUCAUAGGGUCGACUGGGCCGUCUGGUGAGAUGGGUUUACCUGGUGCACCUGGUUUAAAAGGAUCAAUAGGACCCAAGGGCAGUAAGGGUGAAAGUGGAAGUCCAGGUAUACAAGGAACAACAGGGCCUGCGGGGAGUGCAGGGGAACCAGGAAUAGCAGGACAACCAGGGCACCCAGGCAUGCCAGGCCUGAAGGGCGGCAAGGGACAAAGAGGAAGUCCAGGUGAUAGAGGAGGCACGGGAAUGAGAGGUGAAAAAGGAGAGCAAGGUCGGCCAGGGGAACACGGCUCCACUGGUCCAAUAGGACUUAAAGGAGAGAAAGGGACAACAGGGGAUUCGGGACAGAGAGGUCAAGACGGUCAAGUGGGACGGCCCGGACAGCCGGGUCAGGCAGGCCCACCUGGCCCCAGAGGGCUGCAGGGGGAGGGCGGACCACCUGGCCAACCUGGACCUGAAGGAAGAUCUGCAAGUCAAAUGUCAGACAAUCACAUUCGGCAAAUCUGCAUGGAGAUUCUUCAGUCUGAGCUGCCUUUAUUGUUGCUGAGCAACCAGCAGAGUAGCUGUACCAGAUGUCAAAGCCGGCCUGGAUCUCCUGGUCCUCCAGGUCAACCUGGGCUCCAGGGACUCAGGGGUCUUCCUGGACUUACUGGCUCCAGGGGACCGCCAGGCCACCCUGGUCGCAGAGGGCACCCUGGUAUUAACGGGCUCACAGGUGAACCAGGUUUCCCAGGUGAGAAGGGGAGCCCUGGUCGAACCAGCAUUGGAGACCAAGGACCACCAGGGCCUGCAGGUCCAAUGGGUCCCCAAGGGUACAGUAAGCCAGGUCCGCCUGGUAAGCCCGGAUCCCCUGGUCUCAACGGAGCAGAGGGUAAAAGUGGUAAUCCUGGCAUCCCCGGUCAGCCUGGGGUGUGUGAUCCAUCCAUGUGCUACAGUAGCAUGAUGAGGCGGGAUCCUUACAGCAAAGGGCCAAACUAUUGAUGUAAAGCAUCGUCACUGCAGGCACCAGUCUGGAGCUGAUGUGGAACAAACAGCCAUUCUCAGGAAGAUCUCAUCUUUACAGUUUCUCUCUGUCGCUAGAACAAAACGGACCUCCUCUCACACAUUUUAUGUGAUCUCAGACAGUCAACAGAACUAGAUCCUAUCACAUUGGUAUUUUUGUAUUAUUAUUCACGUAUCUGAACAGGCUUUGGGGUUUUAAUGGUGUUAAGAUGAUUAUAGGCUGAUAUAUUGGCUGAGCACCUUGAACUCUUCAUGUAUGUCUGGAUUUCUCUGGGCAGUGUGGCUGGUGCAUUUUCCCAUAUUGCCCCCUAGUGUUCCUUCAUUGCAUGUCGCUCUCUAAAUUUUCACUACAUAUUGGAUGGGUGCUAGAUCUUAUAUCCUUUAAAAAAAACACACACGCACACAACUUCUAUGGUCUAUAGAUUCUAUGUUCAGUGAAUUAUUUCAUCAUAAAUAAUGUGUAAAUUUGCCAUGUUUCAGCACAAGACUGUGAUUUCCUGUAGCUGAUUAUGAGCUGCUGUAAGCCUGCGUUCCUAUAGCAGAUUGACUGUUAAGCACUUAACUCUCUAUGAAAACCUUUUACAACAGCUAAUAUUGUGUAUCAUGUAAGUUAAAUGAAUACUGGCCCCCAUAUGACGAUACCUAUUCAUGUACAUGUCAUUUUAUUCCAAUAAGGAAGUAAAAUGUUUAUCAUCAAAGAGCAUGCUGACAUUUUACUUUGAAAUUUGAUGUCAUUAAUGUUCCUGAGGCUUACCUUUAAUUACUGUAGCAGGUAUUUUAUUGUUAUUUAUAAAAAAAAGAAUCAGAACUGUGUAUUUCAGCAGUGACAUGUCUUAUUUUGUGUUAAGGUGACUUUUGUAUGAUUCUCUCUCUUUUUUUUUUUAAACUAGAAUUAAAUCAUCUUAAUGAUUUGUGAA